AGGAGCUCUGUGCCCGAGCUCCUCUCAGUGGUUUGCUGGGGCCCCGUUCGGCCCUAAUAGGCGGUCCGGACUCAGACCGUAGGGGAGUGGGGACCCGGGCGGUUGGGUUGGUGGUCGGUGGCUGCGGCCGCGGUGGCAUUUUUCGGCCAAUUCGGCCUGUGGGUAGGCUGGGUCGGGGGUUGACGGCGGCAGCAGCGGCGGCAUUGUGGGUGCUGGGCCGAGUCUGCGGCCACGUGGGGCAGCAGUGGUGAUCUAGCCUUCGGUGGGGGGGCGGUCCGGCCGGUAUUUGGGCUGAUUGGCCUGGAGGGGCCCCCGGUGGGGGGAUUGUUCUAGGCUGCUGGUUGCUUGGGCUGCGAGCCCACUAUAUGGUGCUAGGGACUCCCUGGGAGGCUGUUGCCGGGCUGAAAGGCCCGGGUGAUUGACAGCUCUUACAGGCCCGGGUGAUUGACAGCUCUUAGGGCUUUUUCCCUCUGUCUCUGUUGGGCCUUCUGGGUGUGGCUGCCUGGGAGGAGUGUGGCCUAGCACUGUGGGGUGUAAUCAGUGGGAAUGCUGCUUGUUUUGGAUUAGUCGAUAUAUCUAAUUAAAAAUAGAUAGAUAUAAAAUAAUUAAGUAAAUACAUAAAUAUAUAAAUAAAUUUAUUAAUUUAAUUAAAAAAAAAAAACCAAGCCAGUAGAGACAGAAGGAGUAUUGAACAAUUUCGUACGUAAUAAAAUCAAAUAAGGGUAGAGUGGUCAUGCCUCCCAGGAAGGCAAAAGGGAAAGCCGGGGGGAAGCCGAUCAAGCCUCCUAAGCGUCCUGCACCCCAGUCUUCAUCGUCGGAUGAGGAUGAUGGGGAAAUGACCCUCAUUAAGGGGAUGAUACAGCGGCUGGAGGCUUUGGAGCGGGCCAAGGCGCUGCCAUCAGAUAUGGGGGCAGGGCCUUCUGGUAAGGGGGGCAGAACUCGGACGAGGGGGUCCGCAAGGACUCAGUUAAUUGAUUCUUUAUCUGUCAGACUGAAGGCCAUGGAGGAGAGGCUAAGCGGCCUGAGUGAUGUGCCAGUGGUAGUUUUGGACGAGGCAGCAGUUCCGGGGGCGUUGCAGCAGGAGGAGUCUUCGGCGGCGGUGGAGAUGUCAGCUGUUGCUCAGCCGGGUGCUGGCGGGGCAGCGGCUCCGCUGAGAGGUGCUGGCGGGGCGGCGGCUCCUGUGAGAGUACUCCUGUGUGGCCAUUCCUUGGUGUUUGGGGCAUACAAGAGGGCCAGCGCCUCACGUUUUGGGACCCAACUCGGUCUGGGACAGCAGUCCAGAGUGUCUUGGUUGGGUAUGCGGGGGAUGCUUUGGGGACAGUUACUCCCAACUCUGUUAGAUUAUGUUGAUAGGUGUUCCUGUCCGGAUAUUUUGGUCGUGCAUUUGGGUGAGAACGACUUGGGCAAGCGAUCAGGUCUCUCCAUCAUUCAACAAGCCUCUUCUGAUUUUGGGUCCUUGCGGGAUAGAUUUCCAGGGAUGAGGAUUGUGUGGGUCGAGUGGCUCCAGCACAGAGUUUGGCGUGGGGUGCACUCUCUAAGGGGGGUUGAACGAGCUCGACGUAAGGCGUCUAAGGCUAUUGGCCGGCUUGUUCUUGAGGAUGGGGGCUGGGUGUUGGCACAGCCUGGCCUGUCGGCUUCAUUGCCGCACUUGUUUAGGCCUGACGGGGUCCACCUGUCUGUUCAGGGCUGCGAUUUGUACCUAUCCAAUAUUCAGAGGGGGCUUGGGGAAGUUGUUGGGGAGUGGUGGGGCAGGAAGGCCAAGCUAGGCUGACCUCCCUGUGUGGCAGGGACAGUGCGGGUUUUGGUGGGAAAUAGUUGGGUUUAACUUCGGUGAGCACCCUUGGGACGAGUUAAUUGGUGAUUGGUCAGUCGCUCCCUUGUGGCUUGUGCGGCCCAGGGAGGACGACUUGCCAUGAACUGGCUUCAGGACUUUGCAGAUCCUUGGGCUGCGCGGUCCGGGGUGUGCAAAGCCUAGAAGGUUCCAGACCCUCGAUUGGGGGUUGGUUGAAAGGAGACGGAUCAGGACAGUGCCUGAUGGUCUCCUGAGCCAGGGUGUGUCGCCCAAGCAUGGUCAGGGGAGGACUCGGGGUCCAAACCUGGCCAAUGCUAGGCCCCGCACUGUCUGGGUGGUUGAACAUCACUGUCAAGUUCGCUUGCUCACAGUUGAUUCUUGUAAUAAAGUUAUGACCAAUUCACCCAACAAAUUGUGUCGGUGUCGUCUUUGCCUGGGGUCUGGGGACAAUGCCCCUCCUCUGGCCCUGGGGAGGGCAAUUUGUCCCAGCCCCGGCAACAGGCAAGGAAGACGCCUGAUUGGUUCUCGGGCCGGAGGGGCGGGGCUUGACGGCCGUUAUCGGCGUCUCCCCGCCCUUCCUUUUCAGUUCAGCCCGAGUUUUUUCCCACCCUCCCACCCUGGUAGCAGAGCAGGCCUAGUGGCUGGUCGCCCUGUUGGGGGCCGAGUAGGAAUUUUUUGCUUCCAACAGAUUGGCAUUGGUUGGGUUUUAUUCCACCCAGUAGUUGGGCUCAAAAUUGCUAGUGUUGUGCUACUAUACAUGAAUUCCUGCCUAUCCACUGGAUACCAAUCACAGGAAUGAACAGAGCAUACAAAGUCAUUCCUGUUUUCCCCAUUGAAGCCAAAGGCCCCUGCCUAAUAUAAACAAACCAUAAGACACGACCCUUAGAUCAGUCUGGAGACAAGUGUCAUGGCCCCAUGGAAUCACUACGAAGAGAAGGAAAAAUCACAUCCUAGUUCCUGGUCAAAGACAAGAGUGGUCCUAUUUAGCAAUUAGUAUGAAAGGUAUUUAAAGUUAGAAAAGUUCUCAACUUACAAUGAAAGACAAUCAUAUUUGUAUAAUUGUAUACAAUUUGUCAUACAAUGUCUUGAUGAAAAUGUUAGCUGUUUAUUCUCAAACAGAGAAUACAUGUUCAGCUGGCUGCUGUAAAUAAAGAUUUCUAUAGCACUAAAAUGGCAAGUGUGGAUAAAAAUAAACAAAUAAGCAAGUAUGGAUAAAAAUAAACAAAGCAACAUCUUCGCCAAGAACUUGUAUAAGUAGUACUCAUAUGACAUUCUCAAAGAACUAAAAAAAGAAGUGUCAAAAGAAGAGGCAAUUAUCUCAACAAUGAAGUCCCAAUAUUGAAUCUAGACAAAAAUAUUACUGGUAUAUAAAAGAUUGAGAAAGAAAGCUACAGGCCUAUGUUGAGCAAUAGCUUAAUAGCUUCUAAAGUAAUUAAAAGUAAAGUUGUGCCAUUGAGUUGGUGUCAACUCCUGAUGACUACAGAACCCUGUGGUUUUCUUUGGUAGAAUACAGGAGGGGUUUACCAUUGCCAUCUCCCACGCAGUGUGAGAUGAUACCUUUCAGCAUCUUCCUAUAUCGCUGCUGCCUGAUAUUGGUGUUUCUCAUGGUCUGUGAAACAUACCAGCGGGGAUUUGAACCAGCAACCUCUUGCUCCCUAGUUACUUCCCUGCUGCACCAUUAGGUAGCUUACCACAUACCAAAAGCCUAUGUGUGCCUAUAGCUACUAUCAGUGCUCCUCACUGUCUGAAGGCAGCCACAAGUAGAGCACCCUUUCUGUUUCUUUCCUUGUCCCCUGGUCUCUCAAGGAAAGACCUGCUACUGCCACUCCAACUCCAAGCUGUUUCGCUGGCUGACAUCCAGAGCAAUGAACUGCAUGCAGAAUGUGCAAUGUUGCACUAGCGCAAAACAGUAGAUUAGGGAUGCUAAUUAACCAGGGAUGCUCAUUUUCAGCCCUCCUGCAGCUGUUGGCCUACAACUCCCAUAAUCACUGGCUAUGGGCCACUGUGGCUGGGGAUUGUGGGAGUUAUAGUCCAAAAACAGCUGGAGGGCCAAAGAUGAGCAGCCUUGCCCUAAACACAGAUAGUGCUAUAGUGCUCUUGUGCAAAAGCUCCCACUGAAGAAGUAACGCAUGUCACAGUUACACAACUGCAAGCCAGCUUGCAGUUCAUUUCAUUAGUUUGAAAUGCAAGCCCCAGAGUUCCCGUAAUGCAACAUCCUCUUGCAUGCAACUUGUUGCUCUGGAUGUCAGCCACUGGUGUUUGUUUUGUUUUUAAUUGGACUUUCAAAAAAAGCAUCUGAAGAAGGAAAGAUCUGUCAUAGUGAGAUUAAGCAGAAGUGACUGCUAUUUCCAUUCCUGUAGUGCAACAGUUGUUACAGUCCAGGCCUGAUUUAUAUACUAAAUAUGCUCAUUAGCUAGCAUACAAAAUUAGGUCUGGCUCAUAGUGUCACCAAGUGACCAAGUUCUUUUAUAUGGUGACCAUGUAUGAUCUGGGCGCAUGGAAGAAAGGAGAUCAAACCAAUCCUCAAAGAUUCAAUGGGCUUUAUUGAGUAUAAAAGACUAACAACAUAAUCUAGCAAAGCAGAAAGCAGAACACUCUAUCAAUAUCAGCAACAGUAUUUAAACAGAACAUCCUAACCACAACCAAUGUUCCUAACUACCAUAUGUGUGUGCAAUUAAAUCUUCCUAAAGCCUAAUACAAUUCAGAUACAGGCAGAAAAGAGU